AUGCAGCUAUUUGCCCCGCUCCUUGUAGCCUGUGCUUUCGUCUCCUCAGCGGUCGUAGCCAAAUCUGGCGAAGAAACGAAGUCCCUUGACGAACUCUACGCUGAUGCUGUCGUUGAAGGCGGCAACCUGGUCCUGUACCACGGAGGUGACACUCCUACGCAGCAAAACGGUCUACACGAAGCAUUCUCGCAGCGUUUCCCGAAAAUCAACUUUACUGUCAUCGUCGACUACAGCAAGUACCACGACACGCUUCAGGACUUCACUCGUUGGGCUAAGACGGGUAAUCUUCUCCGUUACAAACCCGCCAACUUUUCAAAGAUACCCGAUUCUCUUAAGGACAAGAACGGCGCGUGGCUUGCGUACACUAUUUUCACGUUUGGCUACAUCUUCAACUCGACUGCAAUCAACGGCGUUGCACCGCCUGCUACUCCAGCAGAUCUGACGAGCCCGCAGUGGGCUGGCAAGAUCGCUUCGUCGUACCCUCACGAUGACGAUGCCGUGCUUUUCCUUUACACUCGCUACGUCGAGAAGUACGGAUGGGAUUGGGUGGCUAGGAUGGCACAGCAGAACAUCAAGUUUAGCCGUGGAUCGAAUGUUGCGGGCGAGCUCGUCAGCUCUGGGGAGAAGUUGAUUGGUGUGGGCACUGGUGGGGGCGGCGCUCCGAUCGAGUUUGUGGGCGGCAACGGUACGGACUAUUUGAGCUGGGGUCAGCGUGUCGGUAUUCUGUCCAAGGCUAAGCACCCUGCUGCCGCCAAGCUGUUCAUGAACUGGGCUAUUUCACAGGAAGCCCCGACGACAGUGGUUUUCAACAGUGUACGAACGGACAUCAACGCUAACAAGCCUUGGAAUAUCCCCGAAGCGAAUAUGGCAGCUUUUCCGAAGUUCAUGGAGGAUCGCGCCAAGGUGGAGCAAUGGAAACAGACCUUUGCUCUGUACUUUGGCGAGGUGCAGGGAGAGCCCAGUCCUGGGGUCCUUGGACUUCACCCUGGUCUUUAA